CUUCAUUGUUGUAAACCAAAUUUUAUUGAUCUCAUCUUAAUCCCUUUAAUACCUCCUCUUCAUACUGUAAAUAUGUCGGCAAUCGGACACGUCAAGGUUGUACGAGGCGACGAGUUGCAGGUGAGCGGAGGGCAGACGGAGGGCAUGACGCGGAUGAACGCGAUCACAGACAUGUCGGAUCAGCUGUGCAGCACAGUCAUGAUGGCGAAACCGCACACGGCCUCGGCCGUCCACCACCACGGCACCGAAGAUACGACCGUCUACGCCGCCAAGGGGCACGGCUCCAUCGUCAGCGACAGCGGCCGCACGCGCCAGGACCUCAAGCCCGGUGACUUUGCCCUCAUCCCGGCGUUUACGCUGCACCAGGAGGUGAAUGAUGGCGACGAGGAGGUCGUGUGGAUCAUCACUCGCGGAGGACGCAAUCCCGUCGUGCGCAAUCUGGACGGCUGGCAAGACGGAGCGAAAGGCGACUAGCGAGGAGGUUGAGAAGAGACAAGAGUCCGGGGCUGUAAAAUUAAAGGGUUUAUUCCAAAGAAGAGAUUGAAACAUGGAGCAAGAGAGAGGCGCGGGGUGUUGC